CAUGGAUUAUAUUUCAGACGAUGCCAUAUAAAAUAUGCCUAAAAAACCAUAAAAUCCAUAUAUGUUAUAUAGGGCCGAGGUUUAUGAUGAAGUUAAAAAGAAAAAUUAAGAUAAAAGUAUGACUGAAUUAACUUAAGUUAUUUCAUAAAUGUGGAAUGAUUUAGAUAAGAAAAAAAAAGAGGUAAUAUUAAAUUUUAUUAAAGAAAUACGAAAAUGAAAAAGAGAAAGCUUAAAACUAAUAUAAAAAAGAUUAUUAGGCUUGGUUGAAGAAAUAUAAAUUAGAUGAAGAUAAAGUAAAAGACUGUUUAAAGGAAUUAAAAUAAGAAAAGAAAAAGCAUAAAAAAGGUUCAAAGAAAGUUACUAAAGCAGCUAAAGAUGAUGAUGAAAGUGAAGAUGAAGAUGAAUAAAGAAUUCAAUAAAUUAAGAAUAAAAAUUCAAAGAAAGAAUAAUAAAAAGAUGUUAAAGAAACUAAAGAAACUAAGGAAACAAAAGAAACAAAGGAAAAAGAGAAAUAAAAGUAAAAUUAAAACUAGAAGGAAAAAGAAAAAGAAUAAAAAUAAUAAAAAGAAUAAAAAGAAUAAAAAGGAAAUAAGAAAAAAUGA